GUUGAGUUUCAAAUCAAGCCAGUGGUUUAAGAUAAAGAGCGCUGGAUGUUGAACAGUGAAGAUGACAUACUCUUUGUUAACAUCCUUGAAAGUAUGACAGUCGAGGAAGACAUGUGGACGUGUGGCAUGUGGAAAUGCAUGCACAGAAAAAGAAAAUCUGUCAUUCUUUAAAAAGAGGAAGGCAUCCUUCCACGCCAAAAUGGGCACAUUCUGCUCGAUAAUCAAGUUUGAAAAUCUCCAAGAAUUAAAGAGACUCUGUCACUGGGGUCCCAUCAUAGCCCUUGGUGUUAUAGCAAUAUGUUCUGUGAUGGCCAUGAUUGACUCUGUCUUGUGGUAUUGGCCCUUACAUACCACUGGAGGAAGUGUGAAUUUCAUCAUGUUGAUUAAUUGGACAAUCAUGAUUCUUUAUAAUUACUUCAACGCCAUGUUUGUGGGGCCUGGCUUUGUCCCUCUGGGAUGGAAACCGGACAAUUCUCAGGAUAGUAUGUACCUCCAGUAUUGUAAAGUCUGCCAAGCAUACAAGGCACCUCGUUCGCAUCACUGCAGAAAGUGCAACAGAUGUGUUAUGAAGAUGGACCAUCAUUGUCCUUGGAUCAAUAACUGUUGUGGCUACCAAAAUCAUGCAUCGUUUACACUGUUUCUGCUUUUAGCCCCGCUCGGUUGUAUUCAUGCUGCUUUUAUUUUUGUUAUGACGAUGUACACGCAGCUGUAUAAUCGGCUCUCCUUUGGCUGGAACACGGUGAAGAUUGACAUGAGUGCAGCCCGGAGGGAUCCUCUUCCAAUCGUUCCGUUUGGAUUAGCUGCAUUUGCUGCCACCUUGUUUGCUCUGGGAUUAGCAAUCGGAACCACCAUCGCUGUUGGGAUGCUGUUUUUCAUCCAGUUGAAAAUAAUUCUCAGAAACAAAACGUCUAUUGAAUCAUGGAUUGAAGAGAAGGCUAAAGAUCGAAUCCAAUAUUAUCAGCUUGAUGAAGUCUUUGUUUUUCCUUAUGAUUUGGGAAGUAGAUGGAAGAACUUUAACCAAGUGUUUACGUGGUCGGGAGCCCCGGAAGGAGAUGGCUUGGAGUGGCCUGUCCGACACGGCUGCCAGCAGUACAGCUUGACCAUAGAACAAUUGAAACAGAAAGCAGACAAGAGAGUGAGAAGUGUUCGCUAUAAAGUAAUUCAGGAUUAUAGUGGGGCCUGCUGUCCUUUGAAUAAAGGAAUCAAAACCUUCUUCACAAGCCCCUGCACUGAAGAGCCUCGAAUCAGGCUGCAGAAGGGGGAGUUCAUUUUAGCUACAAGAGGCUUACGAUACUGGUUGUACGGAGACAAAAUUCUUGAUGAUUCCUUUGUAGAAGGUGUUUCAAGAAUACGGGGCUGGUUCCCUCGAAACUGUGUGGAAAAGUGCCCCUGUGAUGGUGACACAAACCCGGCCCCCGAGGGUGAGAAGAAGAACAGAUAGCCACUGCUGAAGGAAAAUUAUUCUUUACGCCCCUCCAUUACUUGAAAAUUGUACAUAUUACUAAAGAAUUAUGCAAUGAGCCUACUCUGGGUAAGGUGUUCUUUUCCUCAAAGGUGCCCUCGUGCCAUGACUUAAAUCUCUUGGUUACCGUCUUGCAAUGG